AUGUGCAACAGUUGGAUUUAUGGUGCUGUCGUCCUGGCGCUGGUGGGGUUCACUGGGGCAAUCCAGGUGCAGACGGAACCGGUGGGUCAGGUGACCGUUGCCGAGGGCCAGAAAAAUGUGAAUCUCCUGUGUCUCGUCGAGGAACCGAUCGACUUCUGCAUAGUGAAAGUUCCCGGAGCGCCAGCCCCGUUCGCGGCCAGCGAUAAGCUUCCGGCUCCGGUCGAGGGCGUUCGGUUCUAUGGGCUCGGCUGGAGCAAGGGAUCGUGCGGUAUUACGAUCGACACGAUCAAGCCGUCCCACGACGGACCGUUCGAGUGUACGGUUUCGGUGAACGGUCAAACCUACAAGGGCCAGAUCAACAUCAACAUAUCAGUCGCACCACCGGAACCCCCAAAAAUCGAGCUGGCCAGCAACGUGGAGUCCUCGAACGGGGAGUUUGAGUUCGGCAAAAAGGUGAUCCUGAAGUGUACGUCACGGGAUGGCUGGCCAUCGGCCAAGCUGUCCUGGUACCUGGACGGUGUCCGGUUGACGGAUGAUCUGGGGGCCGAAUUCGUGGAGAUCAGCAACCGGCGUGCCACCGUCCAGCAGAUCUACCGCCGAGCGAUCGCGGUCGAGGACAACAAAAAGCAGCUGACGUGCCGUGCGGAACAUCCCGCCUACGAGGGCGGCUUCAUGGAAACGAGCUUACCGAUCAAGCUGAAGAAAGUGUACACCAACGAAAAGCAGGAGGUGAAAAAGGAAGCCCUAUCAGCGCCAGUUAAGCCGAAAUCACCGCAGCUGAUAGUGUCCAGUGCGGUGGAGCAACAGAAAGGAUCGUUCAAGGAGGGCAGCGAGCUGGUGGUGCAGUGCGUGUCCCGGGACGGCAACCCACCGGCCGGGUUCCUCUGGUUCGUGAACGAUCAGCUCAUCUACGAAGGUCUGUCCGCCCCGUUCGUUAGCCGUAACAUCCGCGGCAAUACGGUCCAGCAGACGCUCAAGUACCCACUGAAAGCCUCCGACAACGGCAAGACCCUCAUCUGCAAGGCACGGCAUCCGGAGGGCAGCGAAGAAACGCGGCUUCCGAUCCGCACGUUUUAG